GCGUUAUAAAACUGUUACACAAACACUUCCUUUAUAUGAAACUGCGCCACUCCUCCUCACCAGUCUCACGGUUCUCUUCACAGGAAAAGAAGAGCUCAACUAUGACGAAACAUAACAUAAGCCUAUUGACUGCCAUGAUUCUGGCUCUGUUUGUCUUCAUCAUCACCAUGGCGUUCUCUGCUCUGGCUGCAGCAGGAAAAAACCCAUUCUUGUCCCGUACCAGUAACAUUUCAGAUGAGUUUGUAACCCAGAUCACACCGUCAGGUUGGACCUUCACCAUCUGGACCAUCAUUUACCUCUUUCUGGCUUCAGUGAUGGUCUAUGUUCUCUCUGGCAUCUUUAGAAAGAAUGCUUACGGUUACGUCUACUGCAGUCCUGCUGUUUUACCUCAUGGAUUCUUUGUGGCUUGGUCUUUGAAUCUGCUCCUUAAUCUGGGGUGGUUGCUGCUGUGGGACCGGAAGUUUAUGCCUGCUGCCCUGGCGUUCCUCAUCCUGAUCGCCUCCACCAACUACGUUGUAAUUUUCUUCUCCUGCGCUGGUUUGAGUUACUACGGAGCCUGGCUCGACAAAUACCACAAAGUUGAUCUGUGGCUCCAUCGGGUGCUGAUCCAGAACGGAGUCGCUAUUUAUGCAACGUGGACGACCAUUGCAUCUCUAAUCAACCUGACUAUCGUUCUAACUUAUGAUGCUACAAUGUCCAGCUCAGAUGCAGCCACUGUUUCACUUUCACUUUUGACUGUGUUGAUGAUUGUGUGGUUCCUCUUAGAGAAUUUUGUCCUAGACAAACACGUGAGGUUCAUUCUCGCCAUCUAUCCAGUGGUGAUUUGGGCGCUGACGGGUGUGUUCACUGAAAACUAUAACAGUGCAUCUCCUACUAGAAACAACAUCUUCAUUGCUACGCUGUUGGGAUUAACCUCCCUUUUGUUCGUCGCACGGAUAAUUUUGGUCACCUGGAGGCAAAUCCAAAAUCCGCUUUACAAAAACAGGAACCCUGAUGCCAUGUCACCGAUGGAGAUUGCAGAGAAGCAGAAGAAGAUAUUUUUGUAAGCGUCUGACUCAUAUCUUUGUGCAUAUUGAAAUUACUUUGUUGUGUGUCGUAAAUGAUGACUUUGUCCCUGGGAAGACCUCGGAUAACGAUGAAGCCUGUCAACGUGAAGGUGGAAGGAAGCCAUGAGAUAAACGUGACUGUCGAUGUUUUCUGAUGCCUUUGCCAUGUUUGAAAGUGCAUUUUAAGUUAAUCUGUCAUUCCUUGUCUUUUUCUUAUUUGUUUUUUGUUGUUUAUGACCUCAAACGUUUUUGUAUUAUUAAAAUAAACACAAGUGUGAUGAA